GAUUGAAGAGUUUGAGGCAUAUGCCUUAUGGUAGAGAGUAUCUAUCUAUCUUCCAACACCAACAAUAUGGCUUCUCAGGUUUUCAUGAAUUGGAAGGGCAAACCCAUCAACAAAGAGAGGCAUGGUGGUGCCAAAGCUGCCUUGUUCAUCUGCUUUAUGGUGGUGAUGGCGAACAUGUCCUAUGCACCAACCUUGCUAAACUUGGUGAUGUAUCUUCGAGGUACAAUGUAUAUGGAUGUUGCCAAUGCCUCAACCACUGUUACUAACUUCUUUGGUGCUACCUGUGCAUUCGCUUUGCUUGGUGCCUUCAUCUCUGACUCUUACAUCACUAGAUUCAAAACUCUACUUCUUUUUGCUCCUCUAGUUUUCCUUGGUUUUGUGAUGCUUACAAUUCAAGCAUAUUUCCCAUCACUUAGGCCACCAGCAUGUGACACUUCUGGGCAACAAAACAACUGCAAACAAAUCCAUGGCUCCAAAGCUGCUGUUCUCUACAUAGCUUUAUACAUCAUAGCCUUAGGGGAAGGAUGUUUAAGAGCCAACCUCCCACCAUUUGGUGCAGAUCAGUUUGAUGACGAUGUUAUCAGCAAGUCGCGACACAAGUCUAGCUAUUUCAACUGGUUGAAUGUUUGCAUUUCGGGAGGAUCGGUGAUGGGUCUAAUCCUGAUAGUGUGGAUUGAAUCUAGCAAAGGAUGGGUUGAAGGCCUUGCUCUAACUUCAGGUGUCAUGUUACUAGGACUCAUAGUACUUGCACUUGGUUUUAAAUUCUAUCGACAUCAAAUCCCGAGAGGCAGCCCUCUUACUCGGAUGUUGCAGGUUUUUGUGGCUGCAUUUAAGAAAAGAAAUCUUCCCUUACCAAAAAAUAUUGAAGCUGAAUUAUUAUACCAAGGUCCUCCUGAUGAAGAGAUGAUGAUAGGGGAGAUACUCCCACACACAAAGAGUCUAAGAUUCUUGGACAAAGCUUCAAUAAUUAUAAAUGGAGGGGCGACAGGGAAUUGUUCUCUUUGCAGUGUGACCCAAGUAGAGGAAACUAAAAUCGUUCUCCGAAUGCUUCCAAUAUUCCUAAGUGCUUUGCUUGCUUACAUUCCAGUACCACAACUCUUGACAUUUACCAUUCAACAAGGAGGCACAAUGAACACUAAGCUAGGGAAGAUCAAUGUCUCUCCUGUGUCUCUUGUGACUAUCCCAGUAUUUUUCCAAACAAUGAUCCUAGUCUUGUAUGAUCGGAUAUUUGUGCCAGUUGCAAGCAAGAUCACGGGACAUAGAACUGGCAUCACACACUUGCAACGGAUUGGCAUUGGCUUCAUAAUAGUAUCUUUAGCUGGUACUACUGCUGCUUUGAUAGAGAAGAAAAGGAAAUGCAUUGCAGAGGAGCAUGGACUGCUAUUUAUUAACUCAUCAGGAGGGGCUCAUGUGCCCAUGUCUGUGUUGUGGCUUGGGCUGCAAUUUUUUGCCAUUGUUAUCAUAGAUGUGUUUACCUACGUUGGGUUACUAGAGUUCUUCAAUAGCGAAGCGUCGAGGGGGAUGAAGUCAUUUGGAACUGCUAUCUUCUGGUGUAUCCUUGGGUUAGCAUCCGUGUUGGGCUCUACUCUUGUGGAACUUGUCAACAAGUACACCAAGCAUGGAAGUGGAAGUGGUAUAGGAGAACAAGGGUGGCUAGGAGGAAACAAUUUGAAUCACAAUCAUCUUGAUCGUUUCUAUUGGUUGCUAGCUAUCCUUGGCCUUGUGGGGUUCUUCAACUAUCUGUUUUGGGCUACCAAAUAUGUCCAUAGGAAAACUAAUGUUGAUUUGAACAUUUGAGAUUUGAAAAUAUUAAGAAUCAAUUUCAUAGCGUGUA